AUGGCUGCAUCGGACGACGUCGCGUUUCCCCGAUCGUCGGGUUCCGCUCUUUCAAACCCAGUGGGGUCACGAGAUCCUGCUGUGCUGCCUCUUGCAUUGACCGCUUCAGCAUCAAGCUCCGCUACGACGUCGGCUGACGGGAUUCGCGAGGCGAAGAAGUUGAAGCCUGAGGACUUCGAGAUCGGGAGGCCGUUGGGACGAGGCAGGUUCGGAAAGGUGUACAUGGCGCGAGAGAAAGAGCACAAGUUCAUCGUGGCGCUGAAGAAGCUGUCUAAAAAGGAACUGCUCAAGGCGCGCAUGGAGCACCAGCUGGUGCGCGAGGUGGAGAUCCAGAGCAACCUGCGCCACCCGCACAUCCUGCGCCUCUUCGACUACUUCUACGACGAGAAGCGCGUGUACCUGAUCCUCGAGUUUGCCGCGGGCGGCGAGCUGUAUCGCGAGCUACAGAAGUCGCAGCAGUUCUCCGAGCAACGCGCCGCCACGUACAUCCUGUCUCUAGCCGAGGCGCUCAUGUACUGCCACUCGAAGCACGUCAUUCAUCGCGACAUCAAGCCCGAGAACCUGCUGCUCGGAUCGGAUGGCGAGGUGAAGAUCGCAGAUUUCGGAUGGUCCGUACACGCUCCUAACUCGCGCCGCCAAACGCUCUGCGGGACGCUCGACUACCUGCCCCCAGAGAUGGGUAAGUGGGAUGGACAUUCUUUCAGCUACGGCGAUUUCUGA